UUGUCCUUGAGUGACGAGGAGUGACUCCAUGGAAAAUAUUUUAUUUCCAUCACUUCAGUAAGCGCAACAACGUUGCCCAGAUCGUAUCCUUUUCCUCCCUAAAUUUGCAACAUUCGCAAAAAUGAGCAAACCUCAACUUGCAUAUUGGGACUGUCGUGGACGAGGUUAUCCCAUCCGUUUUGCCCUGGAAUAUAUGGGGGUUGAUUACGACUACUUUGUGUACACGCAAGGGAAAGAAGGCGACGGUGGGGAGUCGACCUGGAAGCAUCAGAAAACUCGGAUUGGACUCGAUUCUCCUAAUCUCCCAUAUUGGAUUGAUGACUCGAUCAAGCUCUCCGAAUCUCGAGCAGUUUUGAUGUACGUGAUCCGAAAGUAUAAACCGAGUUUGAUCCCGUCCAAUAUUGGUGAUCUUGCCAGGGCAGAAAUGAUGGAAGGAAUGCUGGGCGACAUCAUUCAAAAUUUUGCAAUGUUCAUUUACACUGAUCAGGAACAAACGAAGGCGAUGUUUGAAAAUACGGUGCCCUCAAAAAUGAGCGUCCUUUCGAAAAUGUUGGGAGGCAAGAAGUUCUUGUUGGGAGAUGAGAUUUGCUACCUUGACUUUCUCGUCUACUCGACAUUUUACAUGUUGAAGGCGUAUCGAGAAAGUCUGAUCAGCGAUCACGCUAAUCUGGUGGAUUACAUGACAAAUUUCGAGGCAAUUCCAGCCAUUGCGGCCUUCAUAAAAUCACCAGGUUAUGUUGAAGGACCUUGUUUUGGGAUGCAUAGCGCUAUUAAAAUAUAAUCGCUUUGAUAAAUAUUGAGUGAAUUUGUUAUUUUGAUUUUAAAUUUUGUGCAAUGCAUGUGUAAUAAAUCACAACGAAUAGAA